UUGUAUGUGUCGCUGUAUUUAUUUUGCAUUUUGGCACGUCAAGAGGAAAGCAUCACUUUUAUUUCUCCCCGGUGGAAGAAGGGCUCGUCCAGUUUCUCCGCUUGGGAUUGGGAUUUGACAGCAAGCUCGGCAUCCUUUUCUCUUUUUUCUUUUUCGUUUUUUUUUUUCUUUUCUUUUUGUGGUCGUUUUUUUUAGGGGGGGUGGGAUCGGACUUUCUGAGAGGCUCGAGCACAACCCGGUGUUGUGUUUUUGUCUGAGGUAGCUCCAUGAUGGCUACUUUACCAGGAACAGUGCCUCGGAUGGUGCGCCCUGCGCCAGGCCAGAACUACCCCCGGACCGGCUUCCCCCUGGAAGUGUCCACCCCUCUGGGCCAGGGUAGGGUGAACCAGCUUGGCGGAGUGUUCAUCAACGGGAGGCCGCUGCCAAAUCACAUCCGACACAAGAUCGUGGAGAUGGCCCACCACGGCAUCCGGCCCUGCGUGAUCUCGCGACAACUGCGAGUCUCUCACGGCUGCGUCUCCAAGAUCCUGUGCCGGUACCAGGAGACCGGCUCCAUCCGUCCGGGGGCCAUCGGAGGCAGCAAGCCCAGGCAGGUGGCAACUCCUGACGUGGAAAAGCGGAUCGAGGAGUACAAGAGAGAGAACCCGGGUAUGUUCAGCUGGGAGAUCCGGGAUAAGCUGCUGAAGGACGGGGUGUGCGACAGAAGCACGGUUCCUUCAGGUGAGGCUUCAUCUGUGAGCUCCAUCAGCCGCGUUUUGAGGGCCCGAUUUGGCAAAAAAGAUGACGAGGAUGACUGUGAUAAGAAGGAUGAAGAUGGAGAAAAGAAAACAAAGCAUAGCAUCGAUGGCAUCCUCGGUGAUAAAUGUAACCGCACAGACGACGGUUCGGACGUAGACUCGGAGCCCGACUUGCCCCUGAAGAGGAAGCAGAGGCGCAGCCGCACCACCUUCACCGCCGAGCAGCUGGAGGAGCUGGAGAAGGCUUUCGAACGGACACAUUACCCCGACAUCUACACCAGAGAGGAGCUGGCUCAGAGGACGAAGCUCACAGAGGCCAGAGUACAGGUGUGGUUCAGCAACAGGCGGGCUCGGUGGCGCAAACAGGCCGGGGCCAAUCAGCUCGCAGCCUUCAACCACCUGCUGCCCGGAGGUUUCCCGCCCACAGGGAUGCCGACUUUACCCACGUACCAGCUCCCAGAGUCCAGCUACCCCAGCACCACGCUAUCGCAGGAGGGCAGCAGCACGUUGCACAGACCUCAGCCGCUGCCUCCGUCCUCCAUGCACCAGGGAGGUCUGAGCGCCGACAGCAGCUCCGCUUACGGCCUGUCGUCCAACCGCCACAGUUUCUCCAGCUACUCCGACACCUUCAUGAGCCCCUCGGCGUCCAGCAACCACAUGAACCCGGUGGGCAACGGGCUGUCUCCGCAGGUGAUGAGUAUCCUGAGUAACCCCAGCGCCGUCCCCUCCCAGCCCCAGCACGACUUUUCCAUUUCCCCCCUGCACAGCAGCCUGGAGAGCUCGAACCCCAUCUCCGCCAGCUGCAGCCAGCGCUCCGACACCAUCAAGAGCGUGGACAGCCUGGCCUCCUCCCAGUCCUACUGCCCCCCUACCUACAGCGCCACCAGCUACAGCGUGGACCCUGUCACCGCGGGCUACCAGUACAGCCAGUACGGGCAGACCGCUGUCGACUACCUGGCCAAGAAUGUGAGCCUGUCCACCCAGCGGAGGAUGAAGCUGGGCGACCACUCGGCGGUGCUGGGGCUGCUGCAGGUGGAGACGGGACAGGCCUACUGAGCGGCGCCCGCCACCUCUCCCCGCCUCCGCCUCCGCCCCCCGCCGCCUCCAUG